UUUAAUACCGAUGGUUGUACAUCAAACUAAUGCAACCAGUCGCGAUAUCUCGGACAUCUACCCCAUCUUUACGUCAAUAUUGAUGACCUCCUAGAAUGAACUACUGGAUGCUGUUUGUCUCAAUUCCUCUCUGUCUGAAAUCCUCAAGAUAACGCUAAUUCGGCAUUUUUUUUUUAUUUUAUUAAUAUUAUUAUUAUUAUUGCCGUCGUCACACACUCGCUCCUCACCCCGUCGGAUGUGUUUCAUACAGCAAGAAUUCGCAAUAAGAGCAAUCCUCUAAAAUCAAACUGCAACUGUCAACAUCUUGUCCUUCACCUGUUUCGGAUUUUUACGGUCACCGUCCAACAGAUAUUUUGCUUUCAGUGGAUAAAAAGGAUUAUGGAGGUGUCAUGGUUCUAAGAUGAAUUCUUGGAAUUUGCACGGCAUUCUAUAUCUCCACUCAAGAGUAACCAUGACAACAGCAGCUUCCUUUGAAUCUUUACAAUAUCUUCAGUGUGGAGAGUAAUGUCCUCAAAGGCUGAUGACAGGACCAUGGCAAAGGUUUAAGUAUGACAUUUCAUCCUUGAAUGGAUGAUACCUGGUAACAGCUGCCAUGUUUGCAUGUAAUGGCAGCUUAUUGGAUGGGUGUGGCCGUGAACCAAUGGAAACUGAGAUACAAGAGGCUGAGACUUCCCUUAUGCCCACUACUCUCAGGGUGGCACUGGCUGCCAUCAUGAUCUUUAUGAUCACCAUUGGUUUUCUUGGCAAUGCCAUAGUGUGUCUGAUUGUGUAUCAGAAACCAGCAAUGCGUUCAGCAAUUAAUCUACUCCUGGCCACUUUAGCCUUCUCUGACAUCAUGCUAUCGCUGUUGUGCAUGCCUUUCACUGCCGUCACUCUGGCAACGGACUGGAGCUUCGGAUUUGGAUUCUGCCGUGUGUCAGUCAUGCUUUACUGGCUGUUUGUUUUGGAGGGAGUGUCUAUCCUUCUUAUAAUCAGUGUUGAUCGCUUCCUCAUCAUAGUUCAACGGCAAGACAAGCUGACACCCCAUCGGGCAAAAAUUCUCAUUGCGGCAUCAUGGGCUCUGUCAAUAUGCGUAACCCUACCAUCCAUGGUGGGCUGGAGGACAGCUGGGAUUGGGGCGCAAGUACCACAAUGCAUUCUCGGAUAUAGCGAAUCACUGGCGGACCGGGGUUACACGGUGCUACUGGCAGUGUCUGUGUUUUUUGUGCCAUUCGGUGUGAUGUUGUACUCAUACCUGUGUAUUCUAAACACAGUCCGUCGAAAUGCACUGCGUAUCCACAAUCAUACCAGUGAAGGCAGUGUUGCGAUCAACCAUGUCAGCAAAUUGGGUUUAACUGUUCUGCAGCGUCCCCAAGUCAACGUGGACAUGAGUUUCAAAACCAGGGCUUUCACCACCAUCCUCAUUCUUUUCAUUGGAUUCUCUGUGUGCUGGUUGCCACAUACAGUGGUGAGUCUGUUGGCAGUGUUUAAUAGGCAGUUCUACCUCAGCUCAGCUUUUUACCCGAUCAGCAUCGGAGCGCUCUGGCUGAGUUACCUAAAAGCAGUCUUCAACCCGGUGAUAUACUGCUGGAGAAUUCGAAAGUUUCGUGAAGCCUGCCUGGAGUUUAUGCCAAAGACCUUUCAGAUCUGUCCCAAGAUUCCUGGAAGAAGUCGCAGGCGUAUAAGACCCAGCAAAAUUUAUGUGUGCAGCAGUGAGACCCAGUCUUCAGUCUAGGAUUGAACCAAAGUAUAUUUAAAGGAAUAGUUAACCUAGAAAUUUGAAUUUUCUCAUAAUUUACACUCAUGCCAUCGCAAACUCGUAAGACUUUGUUUCUUCUUUUAUUUCUAUUGAAUGUUUAUAUCCAUUCAGUGCAAUUAAAUGGGGUCCAAAACUUUAAAGCUCCAAAAAGGACAUAAAGACAGUAUAAAGGGUAUCAAUACGACUCGUGUUGUUUCAUCCAUGUCUUCUGACGCAAGCGAUUGGUUGCGUCAAAUGCAAGGAAGUGUAACUGAGCUUCUCUUGUGAAUGCAAACCAAGGAGACAGCAGAUGUCAACAUUUGAGUACCUUUGUACCUGUUUCUUACCCAAAACCGUUUGUAUCAUUUCAUUGAAACCAAUCGAGUAUGGAUUACCUUUAUGCUGCCUUUAUUUCCUUUAUGUACAUAAAGUAUGUUUGUAUAUGUA